AAAGUGUAGUGACGGUAUCCUUUAGGCCGGGUGUGAGUUGGUGUCGCGCCGGGGAGGGGGCGGGGGUUUAAAAUAUAAUAAAGCGGAGCUUACCUCUUUGUAACGCUGCGGGUUUCCCCUUCCUCCUCUUCCCAACCCGUCCCCCUCCCCGCUCCCUCACCCCUCCCUCCCUGUCCCCUCGACAACUAACGGGGAGCCAUGAUGUGAAAGUGAACGGCGGGCGAGUGGAGGUGGAAGAACGGACCGAGAGGUUUCUGCACUCAUUCCAGUACGAUUCUUUAACCAUGGGACAGAAAAAUGAGAGGUGCUCCCCUACACUAGAUGCUGCUUGAACCACUGAUUUCCUCCAGGAUGUUGCUCCAGGUUCCAUCUGCAAAAUCCUGUGUGGACAGUAAUGACAUCACGCUUCCGGUUGCCAGCUGGCAGGACUUACAAUGUGCGAGCAUCUGAACUGGCUAGGGAUAGACAACACGCAGACGUGGUGUGCAACGUGCUUCUUCUGGAUAACACUGUUCAAGCAUUCAAAGUUAAUAAACACGAUCAGGGACAUGUUCUGUUGGAUUUAGUCUUCAGGCAUCUUGAUUUGACAGAACGCGAUUACUUUGGUUUACAAGUGGCAGAUGAUACAACAGACAGCCCUCGAUGGCUAGAUCCAAACAAAUCCAUCAGAAAACAGCUAAAAAGGGGAUCCCCAUACAACCUGAAUUUUAGAGUCAAAUUUUUCGUAACUGAUCUCAAUAAGCUACAAGAAGAAUACACAAGGUACCAAUAUUUCCUACAACUUAAGCAAGAUAUUCUUAGUGGAAGGUUGCCUUGUCCUUACAACCUUGCAGCCCUUCUGGCUUCUUACUCUGUUCAGUCGGAACUAGGAGACUACAACAAUUCCGAGCACUUGCCCGGUUACCUCGCUGAUUAUUCUUUUAUUGCCAACCAGCCUCAAGACUUUGAAAAAGAGAUAGCAAAAUUACAUCAGCAGCAUAAAGGACUGUCUCCAGCAGAAUCUGAAUUUAAUUAUUUAAACACAGCCCGUAGUUUAGAACUAUAUGGAGUUGAAUUGCACUUUGCAAGGGAUCAAAGUAACACAGAAAUUAUGAUUGGUGUGCUGUCAAGUGGAAUUGUUAUUUACAAGAGCAGGGUACGAAUUAACUACUUUCCAUGGUUGAAGAUUGUAAAAAUAUCAUUCAAAUGCAAACAGUUUUUCAUUCAACUUAGAAGAGAACUGCAUGAAUCAAGAGAAACAUUACUAGGGUUUAAUAUGGGGAACUACCGAGCUUGUAAGAAUUUGUGGAAAGCCUGUGUGGAGCAUCAUACAUUUUUCCGACUGGAAAGACCAGUACCUCCACAGAAGAACUUUUUUGCACAUUAUUUUACAUUGGGGUCAAAGUUCCGAUACUGUGGGAGAACAGAAGUUCAGUCCGUGCAAUAUGGAAAAGAGAAAGCAAACAAAGACAGGGUAUUUGCCAGAUCACCCAGUAAACCAUUGACAAGAAAGGUGAUGAGUGGAAUGGACUGGGAGUCUGUAAGCAGGAAUUCACUGUCAGAUGAUCGACUUGAAACGCAAAGUCUACCUUCGCGUUCUCCACCUGGAACUCCAAAUCACCGGAGCUCAACGUUCACUCAGGACGGAAGUCGUCUGAGACCUUCAUCUGUAGGGCACUUGGUUGACCACGUAGUACACGUUUCAUCAAGUGAAGUCUUUGCUAACCACAAAUCUCCUUCCUCCACACAAGCAAACAGUAUUAUUCUGGAAUCAUCUCCUUGUCAGGAAACAGUUGGAGAAGGACAGCCUCCUGCACUGCCACCGAAACAAAAGAAAAAUUCAAUCCUGUCUCACCAGGCAAACACUUCCCAGCAGGAACUGGGCUCCCACUGCAACGACUUCUUGGAUGUUCCAAUAACAUCAGAAAAAUCUACACCGAACGGUAUUGUUCCUCAUGACAAUCUAGUUCUAAUAAGAAUGAAAGCAGAUGAGAACGGGAGAUUUGGUUUCAAUGUUAAGGGAGGCAUUGAUCAGAAAAUGCCAGUCAUUGUAUCAAGAGUGGCUCCUGGAACACCAGCUGACACUUGUGUUCCACGGCUGAAUGAGGGUGAUCAGGUUGUACUGAUCAAUGGCAGGGAUAUAUCAGAAUACACUCAUGAUCAGGUUGUUGCUUUCAUCAAAGCAAGCUGUGAGAUACACUCUGAAGAACUUUUAUUACUCGUUCGGCCAAAUGCUGUUUAUGAUGUUGUGGAAGAGAAGGCAGAAAGUGAACCCGAUUUUCAGUAUAUUCCAGAGAAGUCACUUUUGGAUGUAACACACCAGGAUGAUGAUGCCUUAAGAGAGUCGAUGAUACAUUUACGGGAUAGUCUGGAGACUGGAAUGAUUCUUGCGCAGUUUGAUCAACUGUAUAGAAAAAAGCCUGGUAUGACGAUGGCAUGUGCCAAGUUACCUCACAAUAUUUCCAAAAACAGAUACAGAGACAUCUCACCUUAUGACGCAACACGGGUUAUUCUAAAGGGUACAGAUGACUACAUCAAUGCAAAUUAUAUAAAUAUGGAAAUCCCUUCUUCCAGUAUAAUAAACCAGUACAUCGCUUGUCAGGGACCUUUGCCCAAUACUUGUCCAGAUUUCUGGCAGAUGACUUGGGAACAAGGAUCUUCUCUGGUUGUGAUGCUCACCACUCAAGUAGAAAGAGGCAGAGUCAAGUGUCACCAGUAUUGGCCUGAGCUUUCUGAAAAUGCAUCAUAUGGGAAUUUUGAAAUAGGUUGUCAUUUGGAAGAAGGAAACCCUGCAUACGUCUUCAGAGAAUUGACUUUAACUAAUUUAGAGAGAAAUGAGAGCCGUCCACUCACACAGAUCCAAUAUAUUGCUUGGCCUGACCAUGGUGUUCCUGAUGAUUCGAGUGACUUUCUGAAGUUCGUGCUGCUCGUUCGAGAAAAGAGAAUUGGCAAAGAUGAACCAGUUGUUGUACACUGCAGUGCUGGUAUUGGUCGGACUGGAGUUCUUAUUACCAUGGAAACAGCAAUGUGUCUAAUUGAGUGCAAUCAGCCAGUGUAUCCACUGGACAUUGUUAGAACAAUGCGCGACCAGAGAGCCAUGAUGAUUCAAACACCAAGCCAAUACAAGUUUGUUUGUGAAGCUAUUAUGAGGGUUUACGAAGAAGGCAUUGUGAAACCAUUGCAGUCAAUACUGUAUAAUUAACCUAAGGAUAAGACCUUAUUGUUGAAACUGGUUUACUGUGUCAUAAUGUGCUUGCACAUCACGCUGCCCUGACGUGUAUUUGAGGUUUGGAAGGUUGGCAAACUGGAGCAUGGACAUUGAGAACCUAAGCACUGUUGCACUUUAUGUUCAAAAAGAAAUAAUAAUUUCUGCGUGUGUGAUCAUACUGAUGACAAUUAACAUGAUCACAGCUGCCCUCAGUUCUGAAAUGCUGUGUCCACUGCUCUGGUUUUGUUCAGGGAGACUGUCAACUUUUGGAUUCCUCUGUAGUGCCAAGAGGGAGAACUACCUAUAUAACUUCCCCCACCUGCCAAUGAAAAUGUCCUCUUGCUUGCUUGGUUUAACUAUUCAAAUAGCCGCUUUUAAAGGCAUACAUUUUCUGUACAUGAAAUUAACAACCAUCCUUACGAGACCCUUUGCAGUGGCAUCCAUGAACCUGAGUUGUGCACGGGAGUGGAAUUACAGUUUGUUUUAAUUAGCAAUUGUUUUCAUGCUGCCUUGACUAAUUUUUAAAAUCCUCUCAUCCCCGGUAAUAUUGCAUUCUGUAAUAUCGAAUAUAACAAAAAAUAAACUUUAGUGAGCACUUAUUAGUCAAAUUGGCCCAAAUUGUCUCUCAGAUUUUGAUAUGCAGCUGUUUAACCUAGAGCAGUCACUCACUAUAUAUUCUCCUCUGUUCCUUGCUCUUCCUGCACUCAAGUGCCACUGUUCCUGAAUUAGGGUGGACAUCAACUGUUUAUUUUAAAAUUUAUCAAAAUAGUUUUCUCAGAUCUGUGUAUUACACUAAGCAUUAGAACUUCAAAUGUAAAUAACUAUAAUAAGAAUCGUAGCCUUAACCACCCACUUCCUAUCAGGAUAUUAGAAUCCAAGUGCUGGUUGCUGGUUAGCUACAUUACCUAAUGGCUAGGACAAUCUACUCCAAAGACUACCCAGCCCUGGUGCUGAAAUUUCACCUGACUUUAAUGGACACCACAUAUAUUUGGUGCUCAUUUUCCACAGGUCUGAUCCUGCAGUGAACCAUACCAUAGGCAAGGGUGUGUACCUAGAAUCUUUUUAUUUAAUAAUUUUUUUUUCCUAGGCACUUGGUAAUGGGUGCACACCUAUCCUACUGGUCCUACAAAUAAGCUUGCCUUAUUGUGUGCUAUUUUGAUUUUACUUCUGUUUCGGCACUAGUCUUGCACCCAAAGAAACGCACAGCAGAGGGUGCUAUAGAGUAAUUUUUUUAUAGUAAGACACUAAAUCAAAGUACUAAACAGUACAAAGCACAAUAGAGUUGUAAAUUUAAUGAUAAAUUAAUAACUAAUUUAUGAACUGUUGAUGGAUGUUGCAGUUUUGCUGGUCAGCAUUCCAGCGGUCAUUUGCUCCCCAAACUUCAUGUUAUUGGUAUUACUAAACAUAGGUUCACUGCUUGCAUCCUAAUUAUGGCUUUUUUGGAGAGGGUUCUGGAGCUUCAAGUCAAAUCUUUUUGACAAAUAUGCUGACAAACGAUUAAAAUGGAAUGUUCAAAAUAUGUGGGAGAAUAUGAAAGAUCCACAUAGAAUGUUAAUUAUAUGAAUUGGAGCCCUGUGUUACCAACUGAGUAGGUAUGUGUACCUUCACAUAGUUAGGAAGACAUUCAAUUAAAAUUAUUAAUAUUUAAAAUAAUUCAGCACACCACUAUGCUGGUAAAUCUUGCACACAUAAAUUUAAAAUAAAUCUUCGUGGCAUAUGUAAAAAGUAAAAUACUUAAAGGAAAGUAAAUAUAUAUUUUUAAAACUGCAGGAUCCAGAGGAAAUUGACAGCUCCAAAGGCAUACUGUUAAUGAGCAGUGUGAAUUCUACUGAAAUCAGACUUGCCAUCAAACAAGAAUGGAUGAGUGACUGUUUAAUUUUUCCCUGACUAAAUAUCUGCACAUCUGUACUCAUGUAUACUGUGCAGUUGUAAAUAAUGCUGUCAAAAUUGAUUGCCAUUCAUACCAUUAGCACAAUGCAGUUCCAUUCACCUCAUCGGGGUUGCAGGCAGAAGCACGUAAGCAAUUGGGAUGGCGAGAACAAUGGUUUCAGUGCAAGUGGUAAUAAUGAAACCUCUCUUCCUUUUUCAUUUCCUUUGCUCUCCUUGGUUAUGCAUAACUGCAGUGUUAUUUUUGUUAAGAUUUACCUGAAAGGAGGCAUGUGAAUUUGGUCUUUGUUUCUGUGUUAUGCUGUAAAUUGAAUGUGAAUGUAUCUAUCAACCAUGCAGAAUGGCAAGCGGUAGAGAAUGACUUGGAUUUUAAGGAUAAAUAUUUUUCAUACCGUUUGUAUAAAAAAAUUAAAAAUUAAAAAGUUUGUAACUUUCCAUUGAAAAUUUUGCAGGUUUAAAAAGUGUUUAAAAUGUAAAUAAGAGCAAUACUAUUAACUGUCAGUUCAGUGCCAAUUCAUGCUGUACAGGUUGAAUUCUCUUGCUUACUGACUCUAAUUAUGCAGGUUUAAUGUUUCAAUCAUUUUACAGUUAAAAUUACAAAUUUCCUUUAGUAACUUUGAGGGCACUUUAUACUACAAUGUACUACUGACUGAAUUAUCAAAUAAUUUGAUUUCACACGUGGAUGCUUGGCCCUAAUCAUCUUUUGCUUUGCGUGUGAAGUUUAAAAAAUGCAUACUGAUUGAUAGAUCUAUCGAUUAGGCUUUUGGUUCUAAAAGUUCCUUUUAAUGAAGAUGUGCACCUAGCUCUGGUACUACAUAGAUUUAAUAUUUGACACUGAAAGAAGAGUAGUCUUAUAACUUCAGGACUGCACCAAAAAUCAAAAUUUUAGUGUUCUCACAGCUGAAAGAAAUCUAAGUGGUUUGAGAGCUUUGUCAUUUUGGCAUAAUUUGCUGGCAGUAACUUGCAUCAGCCAGCAUUCACCACCAAUCUGACUCAAGGUUUUAUCCUGUUCCUUUCCUUUAUUCCCAAUACUGUUAAUCACAUUUGUAGGUCAAGCCACUUGACGGCACAAGGGUAUUGUGUACUUUUAAGGAUUUUUCAGACAAUACAACAUAUUGCAGAGCUAUAGUUUGAUUUUAGUAGCAGGAUCUUUUACGAGCAUUACAUAUGAUCAAGGCAGCAUCUAUAAAGUUUAAGAUUGCUUGUUUUGUUCAGGUUGGGGCUCAUUCAAACACAGUAAGAAAAUAAUGUGGUGUGAGGGAUCUCUAGGGCAGAACUGAACUGAAUGACUAUUUUACCACUGUGGACAAUUUAUUUAGACAGAACUCAAUUAAUUUAAGAAGAUUUUAAAACUCCCAUUAGUGUUUCUGAUUAUAAAGUUUAAAAGAUGAUAGUACUGACUAAUAUGCUGCCAGGCUGAAUGUUUUGAGUUAAUGUGACAGAUUGCAUAAAGUCUGAGUCAUUCCUACUGCUAUGAUUUGUUAUCCCGCAAGUUAGUCUAAACACUCCAAAGUACCUAAAAGGAAAAAAAAAACUUUUGGUCGAUUUUACAUUUCCCAUUCAUAAUUUAUUUGAUUCUAAUUAAUCUUACAACUUCCAAAAUGUAAUAUGUAACAAUGCCCAAGCUGGCGAAUUGUGAUGAAGACGCAGAUUAGAACUGUCAUAAUAAAUAUGCAUAAUACUGUUAAUUGCGCUUUCCUCUAAAUGAAAGUAAAACAGUGCCUGAUCCUGCAAUUUGAACUGUACACAAUUUUAAUUUUAGUAAAAUUUAAUUGCAAUUUUUAUGACAAAUUUGAUUUUAUGCUGCUUUUAAACUGCCUAAAAAUACUGUUGGUACUGUACAAAUUUAAUUAGGAAUGCUUUUCCUAUUUUUUUCAUUGGCUUUUUAAGCCUUCACUUGAAUUUUAUUGACACUGGAAAAAAUGUGAAAUAAAACUUGAGCUUUUAUAGCUCGUAUGCGGUAAGAAGGCCUUACACAUUUCAUUUCUAAAUUUGACGUUGUUUGCGUUUUGUUGUUGAUAUCCAACAAGUUGCCUGCUUGUUGAAUAUCAACCGUAAAGAAAAGGAUUAACUGAUGCAGUACCAACGUAGUACAAGUGACCAGUCACUUGGUUUGGGGGUUGGAAUGGGGGAGAAGGAAGCUGAAUUAAAAAUUCUAUGUAUGACUUUCUCUUCUAAAUUUUUUGUGCAUAUGUAUUUAAUUUCACUUGACCAGAAUUGUCUCAAUUAGGUACAAACUUAAUAGUUUACUUGUGACUCUUAACUGCUCUAUUACAAUAAAAUGUGCUUACGUAAUUUAAAGUGUAGCACUUGUGAGUUUGUUUUGGAGUGGCAGCUGUACUUACAUUUAACUAAACCUUUGUAAAUUUCUGUUUAUUAAUAUUUCAGUUUUAGUUAGUACUUCAUUAGAUUCAAGAAAUAUUUUUCUGUACAUUUGAAUCGGGUUUGAUUUAAUUCUGUACAUAAUCCAGCUACAGCAUGUACAGUUAAUCUUGCAUUUUCUUUACAACAGUAAAGACCUGGUUUUAACAGCAAUCAGUAGUUGUUGCAAUUUUGUUUUGCCUGGCUAAUAUUUGUGUCUGUUCUCACUUCUAUUUUGACUUUAAUCAGAGGAUGGAGGGAAAAUACUACACUGCACUCAUGUA